UGUGAAGGCAUGCAGUUUUAGUAGUGUUUCUACCUCGAAUUUUACGCUCGUGUAAGUGGAAUAUGGAAGACGUGCUAGAAAUCAAGGAUUCAAUAGACUGUCUCUCAUUGGAGACUGGCAUCGAGGAUGAGGCGAGCGGCACCCCACCGACUGACGAGGUGUCCAGCAUGGAACAGUUAGAAGGAGAAGUUGCGGAGAUCCAGGAAAGAAUGCAGGAGAUAAACGACGAAGUGCAGAUGCUGAACGAGCUGCAGGAUCAGAUGGAGAAACAGUUCAAUACUAACGAUUUGCCGGAUAUAUCGAUGGACGACAACAGCGUUUACGUAGGGAACGUCGAUUAUGGUACGACCGUAUUGAUGUUGGAAAAUCACUUCAAGCACUGCGGUUCGAUCACCAGAUUGACGAUACCGAUGAACAAGUUCUGCGGUUCUCCGAAAGGAUACGCGUACAUCGAGUUCGCAAAUGAAAAGGCCAUGUUGAUGGCUUUGAAUAUGGAUGAUACCAUCCUCCGGGGAAGGCCCAUCAAAGUUGGGAAGAAGAGGACCAACAAACCUGGCUUAUCCGGCAGCGGUCGUGGUCCCCGGGGUCGAGGAUUCUACGGAGGACCUCGAGGUGGCUUUGACACAAGACCCGGCAGGGGCGGAUUCAGCAACGGUUACUCGCGUCCCAGGAUGUACAGCAACAACACGUAUUACACGCCAUAUUAACAAACAAUCUCAACAAUCCGAAAACAGAUCCUCAAUAAAUUGAAAUAAAAAAAAAUCAUUUAAGACUGAAACUUAAAAGUGUAAUAUGUGAAAGAAGUUGAAAUGAUUAUAUUAAUGGAUUUCUGUUCUAGAUAUUUGAUGUUAAUAGAAUUAUAUCUUUUCCAACUAUUGAAUAAUAUUGAACUUGAUCAGUCAACAUUAUCAAUACUUACAUUUAGUUUUAAAUUGAUUGAUACUACUAAAUCGCUUUUUUACCUACGGAUUUGAAAUAAUCUGCAGUUGCGUUUCCGUAUAAGCAAUUUGAAAAAUUAGUGAUGUAGUGAAAUAAUAUCUUAAACGUAGUUGAAGUAAUGGAUUUGGAUUACAUAAAACUGUUAUGUAGUUUGGAUGAGUGCUGCAGUAGCUGCAAAUCGAACAGAUCUCAGUCACGUUCAUUCCAGAUUGGAGUAUAUCUGAACGCGCAUGCAACUUCUACCACGAUUUUUCAUAUUAUUCGAACCGCAUUAUAUAAAAGCAAAAAAAUAAAAACAAUUUAUCUAAUAAAAAUAUAUUUAUUAAUCUAAUUUAAGCGUUUAUUCUAUUUUAGUCUAUUUUAUUGGACGUUAAUAUUCCUGUCGCGCGAAGAAACUACAUUUUCGCAAUGCAGAAUUUCUUGAAAACGGAAAUCUUCAAAAAAAAAAUUACGUGUUAUUAAAUAUUCCGCAUUCCGCUGCAGCACUGCGUGGAAUUUAAUUAAGCGAACUUGAUUAACACCAUAUAUAUAUUAUAUUAUAAUAGUGAAAAUCCC